CCCCCCCUCCCCCCCCCCUCGCCACCGCCUCGCCAUUUCUUCGAGCAGGUGAGGCGCACGCGCACUUCGCCGCUCCGCUGCACCCCCACGAUGGCCUCCUCCCUCGCCGCGCGCCGCCUCCUCUCCCGCUCCGCCGCCGCCGCGUCCCGCCGCCUCGUCCCCUGCGCCUCGUCCGCGACCCCGCGCGCUGCCCCCGCUGCUCUGCGCCGCUUCUUCUCUGCGGAAGCCUCGACGCCGCCACCGACGCCGCCGACGCCACCACUCCCGCCGCCGCCUCUGGAGCCCACCGUCGAGCCGCCCAAGUCGGAGGGCGCCUCCUCCUCUUCCGCCUCGUCUUCCGCCGGCGCCGGAGGAGCCCAUCGGUCGGCGCCGGGGGCCUCGGCGGGGGCUCGCCGCGCCGGCGGCACGGGCUACGAGGAGGAGCAGGAGAAAGUGCUCCGCGCGUCGCUGCUCCACGUGCCAAGGAUGGGGUGGAGCGAGUCAGCCAUGAUCGCCGGGGCGAGGGACGUGGGCGUGUCGCCGGCCAUCGUCGGUGCUUUCCCGAGGAAGGAGGCUGCGCUCGUUGAGUUUUUCAUGGAUGACUGCCUUCAACAACUCAUUGAUCGCAUUGAUGCUGGAGAGGGAGAGCUGUUGAAGAACUUGGUACUGAGUGAGAGACUUUCCAAACUUGUCCGAAUGAGGCUGGAAAUGCAGGGACCUUAUAUAUCAAAGUGGCCUCAAGCUCUCAGUAUCCAAUCCCAACCAGCAAACAUUUCAACAAGUUUAAAGCAGAGAGCUGUCCUUGUUGAUGAGAUUUGGCAUGCUGCUGGAGAUGCUGGAUCAGAUAUUGAUUGGUAUGUGAAGCGUACUGUGCUUGGUGGUAUCUACUCUACCUCAGAGGUGUAUAUGUUAACUGACAAUUCUCCAGAUUUCCGCGAUACAUGGACAUUUGUGAGCCGCCGUAUCAAGGAUGCUCUUGAUCUUCAGAAAACUUUUCAGGAGGCCGCGUAUCUAGCAGAAGCCGUCGGUGCAGGCAUGGGGGGCUCCCUACAGGGUGUCCUGAACAGACUUUUCAAGAAAUGAAGUGCAUAAGCGUGCGUUUGAUACUUUUCAUUCUCGACAUUUCCAAUAUAUAUCGCUUUUUCGAUUCAGCUGUUAGUGCAUUCCAAGUUAAAUAAAGCAAACUGGAUUUUGAUCACGAUUUGCCUACGCUGGUAGUGAUGAUGUACAUAAUAGCAUGUUUUUUUACGAUGAAAUAUCGUCAGGACCCACAUGCGCACAAAGAUGAGGUUGCUAGAUCUACUUAACACUUGAGUUGUUUUCUUUUCAUGAUUACCUGUGAACCGAAAAAUGUUCAACUUGUGGUUAUGUAAUGUCCCACUUCAGGUAGCGUUGGUUUCGUCUUC